CGAAGGGGAAUCUCAAUUCGCUCUCUGGGCCGGGCAUAUCAACCGACGUACGUUGUGUGUACUACGUACUACGUAGCCAAGCCUGUUAGUCCUUCUGGUCUUCCUCCUACACUUUCAGUCUGCAUGAGGGACGGGAUUUGGAGAACAACCCGGCAAUUUUCGAAUCUAUUCGGUUAUUGACUCGUGGUGGUGCGUGUGCAGAGCGUUUUAAUGAGAAAAUCGUUCAGAUCAUCCCGAUGAGCACAUCAAAAUGGCGGCGGAGACGUGCCUAUCCCGACCUGCAAAACGAGACCAAGGAAGCGUUGGAAAGCACCUCGUGGCGCUCUACGUGCUAACCGGAUGCUGCCUCUUGUUCCUGUGCUUGGCUCUCUGGAGCUUGUUCCUCCUCGAAGAGGCCGGGACCAGGACCAAUCAAGAGGUGAACCUCCUGAGGAACCAUUUGGCCUUGGCGAACGCUCAAGCCAGCAUGCAUGCUGAUAAAUUGCUCACCUUGGAGGAGUCCGUGGCCCGAUGGUCUCCACCCCCGCCACCGCCGGAUCUCACCUGGAACACCGACCUGAGUGGAAGCCAACCUUGGCUCUUAAAGCGAUCCAAGCGCCAAAUUCUGAGCGAAUGCAAAUGUCCCCCUGGACCUCCCGGAAAACGAGGAAAGCGAGGCAGAAAAGGCUUGGGUGGAACCCCGGGACGACCCGGAACACCCGGUACCAAAGGAUCUCCGGGCAAGAAUGGAUUUCCUGGACCAAUUGGCAUGGAUGGACCUAAAGGUGAAGCUGGAGAACCAGGUGUGAAAGGCUCAAAAGGUGAAGUUGGAAGUCCAGGAUUGGAACUCAUCGACAAAAAUGGGGAUUACAUUGUGACUCCAGAGCAAAUUCUCAUGUUGAAGGGAGAACCAGGAGCUGCUGGACCUCUAGGGCCGCCAGGUAAUCAAGGAGAGCCUGGCUUACCCGGAUAUGAUGGUGUGCAAGGCCGGCCAGGUCCAGUGGGAACUAAAGGUGAAGCCGGUCUGCCAGGUAUACCCGGUGAAGCUGGGGAGCCUGGAGAGCCAGGCCAACCCGGAGAGCCCGGAAGAAAAGGGGAGCGGGGUGUGGUAUCCUCCGUGGGUGGAAUGGGCGCUGAUUUUCCCACUGCUAUUAUUGAGGGUCCCCCGGGACCUCCUGGGGAUAAGGGCGAUGCUGGCGACCCCGGUCGAGAUGGCAAACCAGGCAAGCCGGGUGAUCCUGGUGUUAACGGGAUUCCUGGUCAGGAUGGGAAACGAGGAAAGAAAGGACGAGAUGGGGACGGCAUUCCCGGACCAAAGGGUGAUUCAGGAGAAAGGGGUCCCAAAGGGGAACCAGGUCUUCAUGGUUCAAAGGGCGAUAAAGGCAACGACGGACUCAAAGGACUAGAUGGUGAGCGUGGCAAACGGGGGCGGAAAGGCGACAAGGGUGAUAUUGGCCCGAUCGGCCCACCCGGGUUAGAUGCUCCAUGUCCCGUUGGCCCCGAUGGACUACCUCUGCCUGGUUGCGGUUGGCGCACAAAUCCUGUUGCGUUCCCAGGCUCUGGAACGGGGAUUGCAGCCACGGACGCUCCAGACGCUCAAUCUGCUGGCGGCACCGGUAACGACUUCUAUGGAGCAGUGUCCUCUGGCACCAGAUUCGGGUCUGUUGACGGGGCUUACGGGGACUUCAGUAAUCCCAGCCCAUCGUACUACGCGCCUACUUACGGCCCAAGUGUACCCUCCAAUUCUUAUACCUCGUGGAAUGAUCAGUAUGAUAAUGAGCCGGACGAUGAGGAAGACGCGGAGGACGAUGGUGCCGAUGAUGAAGAGUACGAUUCCGACACGGGUUAUUACGGGACAACCGUGAACGCUGGCUCGUCGUGGGGCGAUUCCGGAUCGGACAACGUUUGGGGCAAGAGCACCACGUACAACACGUGGGAUUCGUACGACAGGAGCACCGAUCAAGGCAAUGAUGACUCGCCGUACUCCUAUGGGGAUACCAAAUACGAUAGUUCGUGGUGAAGAUGCCAUGUGUUUUUAGAUAUAUUUUCAUAUCUUUUGCCGAUGUCAUGCAAUUUCCAAUGUUUUAGACAGAUUUCACAAAGAAAGAAACACGACCCACGUAAGCAGGA